UAGCCAAAAUAAGGAUCCUUAUCGCUAGCGGCACCCAGCAGCCAUUUCCGCUCUCUUCACUUGUUUAUCCGCACCUUUGUCAUCACCAUUGGGCAGUGUGCCAGCGGUCGUUGCUGCUUCUCUCUAUAUAUCUCUACGGAUUUUAUAAGGUUUAUGUGAAUUUCGGGGAUUUGUGUAGGAUUUUGGUGCUGUAUCGUUCACAUCUGAACAUAUAUAUUGAACAUAUAUAUUAGUCUGAAGCGGCGAAUCGGUUGAAUAUCUCGACCUGAACAAUCUAUAUUCAUCGAUUUUCAGAUUCCGUGACGUGGUGCCAUUCACUUCUCUAGGCGUUGAAGAGUCUUGGCGUGGAGGAAGUGAAAUCGAGGGAUGGAGUCGACGGCUGAGCGGCGGCUUAGACUGAUUAAAUCGCAUCUGAGUCCUGACGUCGAUGAUUCUGCGUUGAGGAUAUCCUCCAACCCCACUGCUGGUGAAUAUGCUCAUGGGCAAGGAUAUAGUGUUGUUCUUCCUGAAAAACUGCAAACUGGAAAAUGGAAUGUGUACAGAUCUGCGCGCUCCCCGUUAAAGCUUGUCAACCGAUUUCCACAUCAUCCAGAGAUUGGGACCUUGCAUGACAACUUUGAACACUCAGUUGAACAAUAUCGAGAUUACAAAUACUUGGGUACGCGUAUUCGGAUAGAUGGGACUGUUGGAGAGUACAAAUGGAUGACUUAUGGAGAGGCAGCUACUAGGCGAUCAGGAAUAGGUUCAGGACUUCGCCAUCAUGGAUUAGAAUCAGGAGCUUGUGUUGGACUUUACUUUAUCAACAGACCGGAAUGGCUGAUUGUGGAUCAUGCUUGCUCUGCAUUUUCAUAUAUAUCAGUUCCCUUAUACGAUACCCUUGGCCCUGAUGCUGUUAAGUAUAUUGUGAAUCAUUCAGAUAUAAAAGCCAUAUUUUGUGUUCCAAGUACCUUGAACAUUUUGCUAAGUUUCUUGUCGGAGAUUCCCACUGUACGACUCAUUGUGGUAGUGGAUGGGAUAGAUGAAAAUCUCCCAUCGCUCCCUUCCACAACAGGAGUUGAGCUUUUAUCCUACACAAGGUUGCUUAGCCAGGGCCGCAAUAAUAUGAUUCCGUUUUGCCCUCCCAAACCUGAAGAUGUAGCAACUAUAUGCUAUACAAGUGGCACUACAGGGACACCAAAGGGAGUUGUUUUAACACAUGGAAACUUGGUAGCAAGUGUUGCCGGGAUGUCGCUUUUAAUCAAGUUUAAUCCCUCAGAUGUCUACAUAUCAUAUCUUCCGCUGGCUCACAUAUAUGAAAGAGCUAAUCAAAUUACAGCAGCACACUAUGGUGUUGCUAUUGGGUUCUACCAGGGGGAUAACAUGAAGUUGAUGGAUGAUUUAGUUGCUCUGAGACCAACAAUAUUUUCCAGUGUUCCUCGACUGUACAACAGAAUAUAUGCUGGGAUAAUUAAUGCAGUAAAAAGUUCUGGUGCUAUGAAGGAGCGAUUAUUUUAUGCAGCCUACAACUCAAAGAAGCAAGCCAUAUUUAGUGGUCGAAAGCCAUCACCAAUGUGGGACAGAUUAGUGUUCAAUAAAAUAAAGGACAAGCUUGGAGGCCGAGUUCGAUAUUUGACUUCUGGUGCUUCACCAUUAUCUUCUGAAGUCAUGGUGUUUUUAAGGGUGUGUUUUGGUUGUCAGGUACUUGAAGGUUAUGGUAUGACUGAGACUUCUUGUGUCAUCAGCUCAAUGGAAGAGGGUGACCUGUUAACUGGUCAUAUUGGUGCUCCUAAUCCAGCAUGCGAAAUAAAGCUUGUGGAUGUACCUGAGAUGAAUUACACAUCUGAGGAUCAACCUCAUCCUCGUGGUGAGAUCUGUGUCAGGGGCUUCACUGUUUUCCAUGGCUACUACAAAGAUGAAAUUCAGACGAGAGAAGUAAUAGAUGAGGAAGGUUGGCUGCACACAGGAGAUAUUGGAUUAUGGUUACCUGGAGGCCGCUUAAAAAUUAUUGAUAGGAAAAAGAACAUUUUCAAGUUAUCCCAGGGCGAAUAUAUUGCUCCGGAGAAAAUUGAGAAUGUCUAUGCAAAGUGUAAAUUUAUUGCCCAGUGUUUUGUGUAUGGUGAUAGCUUGAACUCCUGUUUGGUCGCUGUAGUAUGUGUUGAUCCAGAUGUGUUGAAGGAUUGGGCUGCCUCAGAAGGAAUCAAGUAUGAAGAUUUAAAUCAACUAUGUUCCGAUCCAAGAGCAAAGGCUGCUGUUCUUGCUGAGAUGGAUGCUGUUGGAACUGAAGCUCAGUUGAGAGGUUUCGAAUUCGUAAAAGCUGUUACCCUGGUGCCCGAGCCAUUCACUAUGGAGAAUGGCCUCUUAACCCCCACAUUUAAGAUCAAGAGGCCCCAAGCAAAGGCCUACUUUGCGCAAGCAAUCUCUCAAAUGUAUGCAGAGCUCUCAGCAUCGGAACCAACUCCCCAAUCACUAUUGUAACACAGAAAUCGACUUCCGGUUCUGUCACCCCCGAUCACAUCUUCUACAUGUUUAAUAAAUCCAAGCAUACCCUUGUUUAAUUGAAUUCCCAGGUACAUUUAUUAUUGGUAUUCAUAUAUAUAUAUAUAUAUAUAUUGAGAUGCUCUGAACUUUUAGGACUGUAGAAGUAGAACAACUUCCUCAAUGGAUGCAUUUUGUUGGUUAAGUUGUGAAGAUGAUUGGGUGGUCAAUGUGGGGUUUAUAUAUAUGUGAAGAAAUUUAACAGUUAAACCCAAGUUAUUGUGAUAUUAUGUUUGCUGGAAAUC